ACCCGAACUGGUUCCAUUUGCUAAAUUACAUUAAAAACACAUGAUAUAGAAUGUUUACUUUGUACAAAGUUUUGUUUAACAUAAUAGUUGUAAGCGAUCUGUUGAAGCUUUAUUCACAUUCUAACUCUGGUUUAGAUGAAAGUUUGGAAACUGAUUUUAAUUAUACACACUGGUGCAAAGAGAAAUCUAAGCACCUUUCCUCAAGAAAAAACAAUCUCCUUCCUCAGACAGUCCCUAUCCCGUUAUUCUCCAAAUUAAUUUUAUCGUGUCAUUUCUGUAAAGAGGAAGAUGAUACGUCUCCAAAAGUGUGGUUUAAGAGAAGCAGAUUUUCGAGUAAUGCGUUUGAGGAAGUUCAACUUGGAAUGCACUAUCGGUUACCGGACAACAGAGUCUUUGUCACACCUCAUCAUUCUUUAGUAAUAAAUAAUGUUACAAGAGAUGACGAAGGUAUUUAUUACUGCUAUAGAAACUACACUGAAGAUGUUAAAGUGACUUUCAAUUAUAUGGUCGAUGUGAUUGAUCCAAAUGUAUCGGCUGUUCGUUCAAGUGCAAUAAACUGGCCAAAGUUCGAGCAAAGAUAUUAUUCAGAAAUUAAUUCUGAAUUUAGAAACAAUCAUGGGGAGUUUGAGUUGCUAAGAAAUUUAGGCUUUACGGUUAAAGCUCAAGGGAUCUGGGGCAAAUGGUUGCCGUGCCAAGGUUGUACCCAAACAAGAAAGCGUAUUGCUGAAUGUCACCUUUUUCUAAGGCUGAAAGGGAGAAAACACAAUCUGAAAUAUUUAUUCGGCCAGUUUAAUCAUGGAACUACAUUAAAACCUGAAGUUAAAAUUACACCACGUGAAAAUGAACUACCAGAAGACCAAGCUUCAGAUGCACAUUUUACAUCAGUAGCUAAAGAGGACAAAGUAGGGCAAAAUGUUUCUGACAGAAUAAAAACAUUUCUUAACAAUGUUGAUGAACUGUCAUGUUUUUCUCUCGAUUUUACUGAUCUUUUUCCAAACAUUUCAAAGAAAUUGAAGGGUAUAAGCGAUUUUGUGAUACACGAAACCUGCUACGCUCCUUGUCGGUUUUCGUCUGGUGCCAACUUUCUGCCAAAAUACAAGAACACGAUUACUCUUCAAGAAGGUGAACACAUUACUCUCAAGUGUCCUGAAGCGUCAUUGAAAAAUGAAGUCGUUUGGAGAAGGGACGGAUUAACUAUGUUUAAGAAUUCCGACCAAGGGCAUGUUUCAAUUGAUGCCUUUUCUAAUCUCUGCAUUGUGUCUGCCAAUAAACAAGACGAAGGAAAUUACACUUGCUACAUUGACAACAAAAAAAUACAAGAAAUAAUUAUAUACAUUACAGUAAGAUCAAAGUUAACGCAAGAAGCUUUUGUACGUCACAUGCAGUAUUUGGGAUUCAUUUUUCUUUUUAGCAUUAUAUUUUACAUAGCCGGAGUUAUUAUUGCGUGCUCAAGAAAAAGUGAAUUUAGGGAACUCGAACCAGAGUUUUUCAUAAGGAAACCAAAGUACGCCUAUUGGAAAUUAAAGCAGUCACAAUUAGAAGAAAAAAUCAACUAAAAGUGUUUCUUUACUUUACAAUAUACUUGUACAAUAUGCACAGAAUAGGA